GCGAAUACUGCUUCGCCAUUGUGAAUUCAAAGUCGAACCCCCCUUACGGCUCGUCAAGAGUGCAGGAAAAGUUUCAAAGGAUACCUGGCUAGAUUUCACGACGUCGCAUCUCUUCGUUCAUUAGCGAAGAAAAUCAAAAUCAAUACAAAACGAAUCUGGAUCGAUAUGGUUUCAAAACCAAAUGGAAAUUGGAUUUGGUCAGACGGAUCGACUGUUAGUCCUUCCGUUCUAGGCGAAAUCUAUUCUGACGAUCCGGGGUCGUCUGGUUCAGGAUAUUGUGGAGCAUUGACUGACCAGUCUACACCGGAAUAUUCAAAGUGGAAAGGAGAGUUGUGCACAGCUAAUCAUGAAUAUAUCUGCCAAGCACCGAAACUUGAUGUUGAUUUGGGUGACUGCGUCAACAGCACGUUCCGACAAAACAACAAGUGUUAUGCAGUUUCUGAUGACGUCAUGACGUUUACAUCUGCCAUAAACUUUUGCGAGAUGACACACCAUGGACACUUGGCGUCGCUAGAGAGCUUAGAAUUAGCCGUAUCGACAGGAAAUUACUUUGACAUGAAACGGUCUGAGUUAGACAACGUUCGUGUCUGGUUGGACAUUAAAUGGAGUGAAGAAAAUAAAAUGUGGCAACACUCAGACGGAGAGAAGGUGACGGCGUAUGAAGAGAACUGGUAUUCAACACAGAAAGUAUUCGCAAACGGAAGAACCCACGUUGUGCUUGACCAAAGCGUAGAUUGGAAAUGGAGAUCGAGGCUUCCAACUUGGAAAGCUUAUGUUGUGUGUGAAGUUGGAAAAAAAACAACCGAACAUAUUGAAAUAGACGGUAUAUUAAAGAAGGCGAUAUAUUGA